AUGGAUCUUACACUUGAGAACAAAGCCUGCACUGCAUGUGCAAAAGCAAAACGCAGAUGCGGCAAGCAGAUUCCGACUUGUAGCCGCUGCACUUCACGAGGCAUCUCCUGCCAAUAUCCACCAACCGGGCGAUUUGUCCAUCCACCUCGACAGACUAAGGAGACGCAUUUCCCGACUGUACAACCAAUCUCUACAAGCCCGCAUGCUCUCGAUUGUCUGGAUGAGAGGGAUCAAACCACCCUCCCAUGGUACUUGGAACUCUCUUCGUGGGAACUCGAUCAUCUGCCUCCACCACCAUAUAAUACACCAAUUUGUACCAAAAUAUUAGAUGAUAUCAUUGAACAUGUUCAGGAAUGGCAAAUCCGCUGGGUCAACACAGCCUCCAGCCCUUAUAUACAUCGACAUGUCUACAAGUUUCAAACGCCAAGAUGUGUCAUGGAUGCUUUCACAACUCUUUCAACGUACAACCAUCGGACACCUGAGAACAAAGCUAUAGUGCUCCGUCUAGUCGAAGAAAGAAUAUGCCAGUUAUUGGCAGAUCAGCCCGAAGUUGAUGAGGACGACAGGAGCAGCACACACUCAAAACUCACCGUCUUUGAGCACUUGGCUCGUGUGCAUGCUCUACAUAUUUAUCAAACAAUCGGUCUUUAUGACGGAGCCAUCCGGCUUCGGCACGUUGCCGAGGCACAGAUCCCAACUAUGAGCAGCUGGCUCCAUCAGCUCCUGGAGGCCGCAAAAGUCGCAGCUGCUCGGGGCUCAGAAAAGUUCGUACAAUCGAUUAUCGCCCCGAGAGAUUCUGGUCCAGCUUCACGAUUUCGGCCCUCCGAUACGGCGUGGUAUGCGUGGGGUUUUGCCGAGACAAUCCGUCGUACAUGGUUUGUAUGCUCGUGUACCCAGAUGGUUUACCUUACUCUCCAGAUGAGAUGGGCUCCGUGCCCUGGAGGGGUCAUGUUCACUACGUGUGAGGGGCUAUGGGACGCAGACUCGGCUGUUGAAUGGGAGUCACUCUGCGAGACGCUCCAAAAUAAUCGCGACGGUAUUGAUUUCGUCAGUCGACAGCAGUGGGACCGCAUUUUCGAUCGCAGACGGCCGGAGGAUGUUGACGAAUUCACAACUUCUACUCUCGAUAUCAAUUUUGGUUCGCUCGUCUCCUGCUAA